GCAACCAACCAAGCAGGCGAUGCUAGUAACAGCGAUGCUAGUAACAGCGAUGAUGGACCGGACGACUCAGCUAGUACGAGUGGCACAGGGUAUAUCACCGCCAGGCAACGGCGCCUGAUGAAGAAGAAGGGACUGGACAUAGAGGACAUUAAACAAGGAGUCGCGGAAGAAAUGCCAAAGGACGAACAAAAAGCCAAGGAACCCAAGAUCAACCCAACACUACAGACAGUCCCACGGGGUAAGCGCACCAAAAUGAAACGCGCAAAGGCAAAGUACGCCGACCAGGACGAGGAGGACAGGGAGUUGUACAUGAAUCUGUUACAGGCAAGUGUCGGAGGGUGCGGUCGACCCCGUUACCAAAAAAGGGAAAAGGGGAAAAAGGCCAAACAGCAAGCGCAAGAGAAGGCGAAGCAACAGGUGAACAGUAAAACCAUCAAGGGAGGAGGGGGCAAACAGCAGCAGCAGAAGGGGGCUAAUAAGGGCCUCAAGAAGCAGCACGUACAACCAGCACCAAGUCAAAUAACAGACGCGCCGACAACCACAGACGGUGACAGCGCGGUACUAGUCCCGGAGAACAAAGAAAACAAGGCUGAACACAUGAAGCCGGAGGUUGUUGACGAUGAACCCGAAAUGGAUGUACAUACAGAGGUGGUCUCCGUACUAAGUACGCUCACGGGGCAGCCGAAUGGGACCGACGAGUUCCUUUUUGCUAUGGCCUACUGUGCACCGUAUGCAUCUAUGCACAACUUCAAGUACAAAGUGAAAGCACUCCCGGGAUUAACCAAGAAGGGCAAAGCCUCAAAGUUUGCGCGCGAAAUAUUCAUCAAGAGCGCUGACGUUCCCAUCGAAAAGGAUUUGAUCCGCGCGAUCGGCGACAAUGAAUUGAUCACACGCCUUCCAAAUAAGGUUAAGAUCUCCAAUGUAGGUAAAAAAUAA